AUCCAUGUUCAUUGGAGAUUAAACUUAAUAAAAGAAAAGAUGGUAAAAUUAAUUUUUUAUGGAAAUAUUUUAAUACCAUUUCUGUCAAAUAUUUACAGCCAAUCUCAAAAUAUUGGAGAUUCUUCAAAUCCAUUAUCAUUUGGUGGAAAUUAUACUAGCUUUGGUGAAUGUCCAUGGCUUUGUUCAAUUUAUAAUAAAUUAGAAUAUUUGUGUGGAAGCUCAUUGGUGACCAAUCAGUAUGUUGUGACUGCCGCUCAUUGUGUGCUCAAAAAAGAGAGCACGUUUACCAUUCCAGCAAAGUAUAUAAGUAUUUAUGCAGGAGUUUAUGACCUAAAUGAUUUGUUUCAAGAUUCUGUCGAAAUAAUUCAAGCUCAGGAAGUAAAAAUUCAUCCGAAUUGGGACACAUCUAGUGAACGAUAUGAUGCAGAUAUUGCAUUGAUUAAAAUGUCUACAGUUGUUCAUUUCUCGGAUUACAUUCAAAAAAUUCCAUUACCAGCAGUUUCGUUUAUUAAUGAGAACCAGAAAGGAUUUGUUGUUGGUUACGGAGUUUCUGAAGUGAAUAGUUUUCAUGAAAAUAAACCUAGAAAGAUUAAAAUUCCAAUAGCUGAUGUCGAAGGAUGUUAUCAAAAUCAUGGAGUUUUUUCAUUUAUAAAGUCACGUGAUAGCUUUUGUGCUGGUAAAGUUGGUGUUGUUCCAUGCAAUGGAGAUUCUGGAAGUAGCUUUUAUCACAUUGAAAACUCAUCGCCGAUUUUAUUAGGCAUUGUUUCGGUCGGUAUUCAAGAUGGGAACAAGAAAUGUAAAAAUAACACAUAUGUUCUCUUUACUGAUGUCUUCAAGUUUGUUGACUGGAUAAAGAAAGAAGUUGGAAGUGGAUAUUUGAUAGCAAAUAAAAAAAAUUCAUCUAUAAAUUGGAAGCCAAAUGAUGCAUUUUGUGAAUAUGUCAAUGAAAACGGCUAUCGAUGUACAUUACGAGGUGUUCGGUCACAGCAGAAUGACAUAAAAAUAACAGGAGUACAUGGAACACACAUGGAAGACCAAAGUGAUAAUGAUGUAGUGAAAAUUUGGAUUAUUGAACAAGAAGCAAAAUUUAUUCCAGAAAUGAGUAAUGUUGUUGAAAAGUUUAAAAAUAUUCAUGACUUAAGGAUAUGGACAUGUGGACUGAAAUUCAUCGAACGAUCAAAAUUGUCAAUUUUUGCUCAAAAACUUCGAGUCUUGGACUUUUUCAACAACUACAUCGAAGAAAUCCCUCAAAAUGCUUUUGACGACCUUUUGCGACUUGAAGAGCUGAAAAUUUUAAACAAUCGAAUCAAGCAUUUGCCAGAAAAUCUCUUCUAUAACCUCAAAAAUUUUAAAUAUUUUUUCGCUGAAAAUAAUGAAAUUGAAGAACUUCCAGCAAGACUUUUUAAUGAAACUCAAAUUAUUGUUGUUAGCAUGAAAAAUAAUAAUUUGAUGAACAUUUCUGUAGACUUUCAAAAUCUUAAAAAUGUUAAAGUCAUCGAUUUAGAACAAAAUACUUGCAUUAGUCAAUGCCUUGGUUUUUAUUGUGGAAGAAUGUCUGUUGAUGAAAUGCAACAAGAAAUUCAACAAAAAUGUCAAAAAAUCUACUCAAUAGGUGCAUAACAAUCAGGGGUGCAACUAAGUGGGUGUAUCAUGUUCAAGCGUUUAUAAUAAUGACGACUAUUGUGAACUCUUCUCUCAAAAUAUAAUAAAUGAGAAUUAAAAACAAAAAUGAGAAUAAGUUGCGAAAAUGAGAGAAUAUAAAUAAUGCAGUAAAUAAAAGGCUUUAUCCAUAUUUAUUUACUAUUAUAAUCUUAUAAAGUUUA